UGAAAGCGAGGCCAAAGAGGGUGGGAGCGCGUGCUGUCGGGAGUUGUUUGGAGGUUGGGAGCUCGCGGCUGGAAAUUCGCUGGUGGAGCGGUCAUGUCGCAUAAACAAAUUUACUAUUCGGAUAAAUACGACGAUGAGGAGUUCGAAUACCGGCAUGUCAUGUUACCCAAGGACAUAGCCAAACUUGUCCCUAAAACCCAUUUGAUGUCUGAAUCUGAAUGGAGGAAUCUUGGCGUUCAACAGAGUCAGGGAUGGGUUCAUUAUAUGAUCCAUGAACCAGAACCUCAUAUCUUGCUGUUCCGGAGGCCACUACCCAACAAGCCAAAGAAAUGAAGCUGGAGAACCAUUUCCAACCUCAACUUUACACAGCCUGUCCUUUCUAACAUCUUUCUCAUAGCAUGAAUAUGUUGCUUUCUUUUUUCUCACUUUGAUAUUUAAAGGAUGUUUGAUACACUGUUUGAAUGUGCUGAAAACUGCUUUGCUUCUUGAGUAGAGCCACCACCACAGCCCUACCAGAGGAGUGCUUUGUGGGCUUCAAGCUCAGCUAAGUGGGAUCUCAGAAGUCAUGGUGUGCUCUGUAUCCACAGAGCACUUGACAGAGGGAGGAAGCAUCUUAAGAAUCAGACCAUGGCUAUACCUGGGAUUGUGUAAACCCACUAUUUUAUUUUUUUCCUACUAGGUAUUGUAUGUCUGGUGACUUGUGGAUUUAUCUCUCAAUGUAUUGAAAUUUUCCAUUUUAUUCAAGAAACCUGUUCUGUGUUUCAAGA